GGGCGCAUGCGCAAUGCCACCUUACGUGGCAUCGGCACCAGUCGCCCGCGCAGAGCGUAAUAAAUGUUCUUUAUUUUACUGUAAACAUUUGUGCAAACUACGUCCUUUGUUAUGCUCCAAGCGAUCCUAACGACUCUAUAAUUAACCAUGAAUCCUCAGUACAUGCAGCAUCAUCAGCAACAACAACCGCAACCUCCAUAUUAUGGAGGACCUCCGACAGGACCACCAUACCCUGGGCCAAACUCUAAUGCUCCGCCAAAUCAAUAUAACGGCCCUGGGAAUUCACAAGCAUAUCCGCCACAAAAAAUGAUUCAAGAGCCAGUUUCGUCCAACAGUGCACCGCCACACACACAGGCACCUUAUUACGUCAGUCACUUACAAGGACAGCAAAUAAAUGCUCAGCAAGGUCCUCCGCUCGGUGGAUCGAUGCAUAUUGGUGCACCACCAACGAGUCAAAGUAACCUGAUGAAUCAAAUGACGAAUAUGACUCUAGGGAAUCAGCAAAGACCUCCGAUAGAUUCAGGAAAUUUACACCCAGCUGCCAAAAGUAAUGCAUUGUCACCAACUCCUCCUUCAAACGUUAAUGGCUUCAGUCCAUCGGAUCACAUGCCUCCAUCGACAGAAGCUGCUGGUCAGAAAGAAACGAAUGGUCGACCUCCUCCUCCACAAGGCAGAUCGCAAGGAUCCCCUGCACCUAGAGCAGGACUUCACUCCGGCCACCCUGGACAGCACAAUCAACAGGGACCUCCUCUGCCUGGAACGGGUCAAGGACCAUAUUCUGGACAUCCUGGUCCAGGACAACACGUCCAUCCUGAUCAUCCCCCGGAACAAAUGGGGUUGCCUAGCGCACCAUUGCCACCAAUGAUGCAGAAAAGUAUGACCGGUCCAUCGCAAGGACAACAAAAUUUAUCUGGACCUCCGCUACCUGGACAACAUUUUGCUGGUUCUUCGAUGUCAGGGCAACAUCUUCCUGGGCCUCCGUUACCAGGACAGAAUUUAUCUGGCCCACCGUUACCAGGACAGAAUUUAUCUGGUCCACCGUUACCAGGACAGAAUUUAUCUGGUCCACCAGGACAGAAUUUAUCUGGACCACAAGGACCGCAGAACAUGUCUGGUCCACCAGGACCUCAGAACAUGUCCGGGCCUCCAUUGCCAGGACAGAAUUUAGGUGGAGUUCAGUUUUCAGGCCAGUCCAAUAUUUCUGGACCUCAUGUAUCCGGACGCACCCUGCCCGGACAACAGAGUUUGUCUAGACCUCCUUUACCAGGACAGCAGAACAUGGCUGGACAACAUGGUCAGCCCUUUCCAUCCGGACCACCAGUACCUGGACAUCCGCAUUUAUCUCCGAUGAGUCCAUCGUUACCUGGUGCUCAAAUGCAAGGACAAAAGCAGUACAUGUCCGGGCCCACUUUAAUGAAUCAACCGACGAGCACGUCGAUGGGAAUGAACCGUCAAUCCCCAGGAGCCGUUCCUGGAUAUCAACAGGGAGGCUACCAACAGCAAAAUUAUGCACCCCAACCGGAUGUGUACGGAGCUCAACGGAGUCCUUACCAAGGAGGCGUACCUGGUGCACCAGGGUAUCAAUCAACCAUGCAAUCGCAACAAGCCAAGAGAUUAGAUCCUGAACAAAUGCCAAGUCCUAUCCAAGUGAUGCAGGACGAUCAACGUACAAAAGGAGAUGUGUUCGUAACAAAUCAAAAGGGAUUGGUCCCACCAUUAGUGACGACAAAGUUUGUGACGGAAGACAGAGGAAAUGCAUCCCCACGAUACCUUAGGUCCACCAUGUAUACAGUACCUACUUCAGCAGAUAUUAUAAAACAGACAAGUGUUCCCUGUGGUCUCGUGAUAAGUCCAAUGGCCCGAAUAGAACCAGGAGAGAUGGAACCGCCCAUCGUUGAUAUGGGCGACAUCGGACCAGUUCGUUGCAUACGUUGUAAAGCAUACAUGAGCCCUUUCAUGCAAUUUAUCGACGCCGGUCGACGAUUCCAGUGCUUACUUUGCAAAGCAACGACGGAAGUUCCAGCGGAGUACUUCCAGCACUUGGAUCACACAGGACAACGUAUGGAUCUUUACGAACGACCAGAAUUAAUGCUCGGAGCAUUUGAGUACAUUGCCACUAAGGAUUACUGUAGAAAUAAUACAUUCCCGAAGCCUCCGGCAAUUAUAUUCGUUAUCGAUGUAUCAUACAACACCGUCAAGUCGGGCUUGGUGAAUUUACUCUGUUCGGAGAUGAAGAGGAUCAUCAGCCAUUUACCCGUAGAUGCUGGGCAGACGAAGACCAACAUGAAAGUCGGCUUCAUAACUUACAGCAACACCGUGCACUUUUAUAACAUUAACCCUUGCCUAGCUCAACCACAGAUGAUGGUUGUCGGAGAUGUCCAAGAAGUGUUCAUGCCACUUCUGGAUGGGUUCCUGUGCGAUGCCGAAGAAAGUGACGCCGUAAUAGACAAUUUAAUGGCUCAAAUUCCAGUAAUGUUUGCAGACUCUCGGGAAACGGAGACGAUACUAGCGCCAGCUAUCCAGGCUGGGCUGGAGGCAUUGAAGGCCUCGGAGUGUGCAGGGAAACUGAUGGUUUUCCAUUCGUCUUUACCGAUAGCUGACGCUCCAGGAAAGCUGAAGAAUCGCGACGACCGCAAACUACUAGGUACAGAAAAGGAGAAGACCGUCCUAGCCCCGCAAAAUAACGUAUACAAUAACUUGGGACAAGACUGCGUAGGCUCCGGAUGCAGUGUAGACUUGUUCAUUUUCAACAACUCCUAUGUGGAUAUUGCAACGAUAGGGCAAGUUUGUCGACUCACUGGUGGAGAAGUGUACAAGUACACGUAUUUCCAGGCGGACGUCGAUGGGGAUAGGUUGAUCACUGACAUUAUUAAUAACAUUAGAAGGCCAAUCGCCUUCGAUGCAUUCAUGAGAGUACGAACAUCAACUGGAGUUAGACCGACAGACUUCUUCGGGCACUUCUUUAUGUCGAAUACUACAAACAUGGAGCUGGCUAGCAUAGACUGCGACAAGGCAGUUGCAAUUGAAAUUAAACAUGACGAUAAGUUAACAGAAGACGAGGGUGUAUACAUCCAGGCAGCUCUUCUGUACACGUCAUGUGGAGGUGUUAGAAGGUUACGAAUCCUUAAUCUCAGUUUGAGAACAUCGUCACAGAUGGCAGAGCUCUAUCGAGCCUGCGACUUGGAUGCUAUCAUCAAUUUCUUCUCCAAGCAAAGUGUGUUCAAAUUAACCGAAUCAACGCCAAAGACAGUGAAGGACAGCCUGAUCGCAAGAUGUGCAUCGAUUCUAGCAGCGUAUCGCAAACAUUGUGCUUCACCGUCCAGUGUCGGGCAACUUAUACUUCCAGAGUGCAUGAAGUUGUUGCCCCUCUACGUCAAUUGUUUGUUAAAGAGCGAUGCACUAUCCGGAGGAGCUGACAUGACCAUCGAUGACAGAUCCUACGUAAUGCAAGCUGUUGCCACGAUGCCAGUUUCAACAUCGGUUGCCUACAUCUAUCCUAGACUACUGCCUCUACAUGAUAUCGAUCCACAAGACUCCGGUCUACCACAGAUGUUACGCUGCUCCAUCGAUAAGUUCACAGAUGAUGGAGCAUACUUGCUCGAAAACGGCAUUCACAUGUUCCUGUGGCUGGGAUUAAAUCUCUCCCCCCAGUGGGUGCAAGAUGUCUUCGGCGUUUCCUCAGUAGUCCAGGUUGACACGGAUCGAACGUCGCUCCCUCUGCUGGAGACUUCGCUUAAUAAACGUAUCAACGAAAUAGUCGGCCAAGUGCGAUCUCAACGGCACCGAUGCAUGAGACUAACACUGGUUAGGCAACGAGAGAAGCUGGAGAUGGUGCUCCGUCACUUCCUUGUAGAAGACCGCGGAAACGAUGGCAGCGCCAGUUACAUUGACUUCCUUUGUUACAUGCACAAAGAGAUAAGAUCGCUUCUUAGCUAAUGAAAAGGACCCUGAUGGAGAAACGUCGACUCGAGCUCUAGAAUAUCCUCGUAGUUGAAGACACCGUGUCCUCGAGAAAGAAUAAGGAAGCCAGUCCUACAGGUCGUUUCAGAUUAUUCUAGGAGGCUGCUAAGGUGCCUAAACACGAGAUUCCAACGCUUUAACGUCAACGUCAACUGGGCCGUGUAUUAAUUAAGACGUGUCAUAACGGGAGAGACAGCAAAACGAGAUAAAUAAUUAACUAAAUGAAUGCUAUAUAGUUAUUACGAUGGAGGACGGUGUGCGGAAUCUAAUGCAAAGUCGUUGUACCGUGAGUAAUCGAAGGUAGCCCACACGUACAGUGACUUCGGAACGAAUAAUUGUAAACGUAAACUGUAUUAUUAUUAACCCUUAUUUUUAAUUAGUCCACUGUCUCUAUUAUUAUUGUGCUAAAUUAAACGAUGAGAAUUUAUUAAAACGCAAGUUUGUACUGUGAACCGCGGAGAUGCCUUGUUUUAAUGGGAACACUGAUAACAUGAUAUCAAGUACAAUUGAGUACGAUGUUCACUUUCUGGUGUACUAAGAACAUACAGGGUUUGUUCGGUUGGCUGCACUUUUGCAAUUAAUGUUUACUCUGGGAAACAAUUGUCGGCGUUUUUCAUCCUUGAAAGGGUAUUGAAAUUAAAUCAUUGGAAAUUGGAAAAACUAUCUGAUACUAGUUGCGUUUAGAAUAGUAGACGAAGGUGUACCUUAAGUUUUGCAAUUUUCAUGAAAAGUACAAUACGGUCAAUUACACAAUUACAGAGAGUACAGAUAAUCCGAACAAGCCUUAUGUUUAUAGUGGAUAUUAUGCAACCGGAGUAAGAAAUAUUGCUACAACUGUUUACUUAGCAUCCCAUAUUGUUUACCAUUUGUUAAUGCUUCAUUUAUGUAAAGAGUGUUCUUGAGGAGAAACGAGUCUCGUGUAAAUGAAUCGUUCAUUUGGAAAACUGCCACUCGUUAAUGCAAAGAGUUUAGUGGUACUUGGUGUUACUCGGGUAAUGUGCAAAAAUUCAUUACAACUGGUUACUACUUGGGCAACUUAUUUUCCACCAUUACAACUAUAUGUAUAGCUUUUAUGUAGAUUUUAUUAAUAUUAGGAAUAAAGUACGAGAGCCCAAUUACUUUUUUUUCUGUGCGAACAAUGGAGAAGCAAUGGUAUAAAAACAUUCUCAUCGAA